GGGCAGUGGAUUCUUCUUUGUGUUUCCGGUGUUCAACCUUGUGCUAAACAUGAAUGAGUAAAGCCGUAGAUCCACUAUUAAACUAAUUUAUCUGAUGAACUAGUAAUGUGUAUUAUCUUUACGUAUGUCUGUUUAUAAUCCGGACGAGGGAGUGACCUGGAGCUGUUCUCAAUAAUAAGUAACAUCACACAUUUUCAGAAAUGUCUCUGGCCCAAAUCUCCCGCCUUUCCGUGACCCAGCUUGUCCUUCGAUCCCAAAGCCACCAUCUCCUCUCCUCUGUAUAUCCUCUGAUCAUCUCCAAACGAACUGUCAUCCAGGAGCCUUACAGACGCCCCGGACAGCCCAAAGAAAACAAAUUUCCCUGGGAGAAAAUAAACUUUGACCUAUCCAAAGGUUUAAAGGGCAUUAAGAAAAACUUUGCAUUGUUGAAAAAGGAGUUUGUGGAACGCUGGGUCGGUCCCGAAGGCAAGCCGAUCAUUGAGCAUAUGUUGGAGCAAAACAGAGUUGUCUGGGAGUUCAGAGGGGCAGAGAGCCUAGAGGAGUGGACAGUGUCUUCAGAUCGAGAGAUUGGUGGACAAAGCGAGGCAUAUGUGAAGCUUGGAAGGAACAAUAAUACAUGUUUGCUCUAUGGGACUUUACGUUCAACACCACCGAGAGAUGGAGAGACGAGGUACAGCGGCUACUGCACAAUGAGGUCCAAACAACAACUGGCUUCAUUUGACAGAAAGAAACACUUUGAUUGGACCAGUUUCAACACUCUUCAUUUGAGGGUUCGAGGAGACGGUCGUCCGUGGAUGAUAAACAUCAGCUGUGAGACUUUCUUCGCUCAUCAGAAAGACGACAUCUACAACUAUUUCUUGUACACUCGAGGAGGACCCUACUGGCAAGACGUUAAGUUACCCUUCUCUAAAUUCUUUCUGACACAUCGAGGGAGGAUACAGGACGAUCAACACUGUCUGUGGCUAGAUAAGGUGAACACUAUUGGCUUUACUCUGGGAGAUAAAGUAGAUGGGCCUUUCCAGUUGGAGAUUGACUUUAUUGGUGUUUGUAAAGACUACGCUCACACAGAGGAGUUUGCCUAUGAGGUGUACAAGAGGAACCCUGAAGUUUAA